GCGGCGCCCUGAACAGGAGCCCGAGGCGCCCGCAGCGCGGAGCGGCGACGCGGCGCCCGGCAGCGCGGCCGAGACGGUCGUGGUGUCCAGAUCGGAUCCCCGAGACGAGAAGCUGGCCCUGUACCUGGCCGAGGUGGAGCGGCAGGACAAGUACCUGCGGCAGAGGAACAAGUUCCGGUUCCACAUCAUCCCCGACGGCAACUGCCUGUACCGAGCUGUCAGCAAGGCCGUGUACGGCGACCAGAGCCUGCACCGCGAGCUGCGGGAGCAGACCGUGCACUACAUCGCCGACCACCUCGACCACUUUAACCCCCUGAUUGAGGGCGACGUGGGGGAGUUUAUCGUCGCCGCUGCCCAGGACGGGGCUUGGGCCGGGUACCCCGAAUUGCUGGCGAUGGGGCAGAUGCUGAAUGUGAAUAUACACCUAACUACUGGCGGGAGGUUGGAGAGCCCCACAGUGUCUACCAUGAUUCACUAUCUGGGCCCGGAAGAUUCCUUAAGGCCUAGUAUUUGGCUCAGCUGGCUUAGUAAUGGACACUAUGAUGCGGUGUUCGAUCACUCGUAUCCUAACCCAGAGUAUGACAGUUGGUGCAAACAAACCCAAGUGCAAAGAAAACGCGAUGAAGAACUUGCCAAGUCCAUGGCCAUCUCUCUGUCCAAAAUGUAUAUUGAACAAAACGCAUGCUCUUGAAAUGUCUGGAAACCUUCACCCCGUGGGGAAAUCGCAUACUUAACUUAUGUUUGGAGAAUCACAUGAACUCUAAUCAGGGUAAUAGCACUUUCAAAUUUUAUAGUAGAUUUUUCUGUAGGUGUAAUGCCUUAAUCAUUUCUUGGAAUGUUUUCUCAGAGCCGAAGGUUGCUGGGCACCUAAACGAUGUUUCCUGAUAGCUUUGGGUGGUCCUACUGCUAUUUAUAAUUUGCUGUACAAAAUGAGCACUACUUCAAUUGCAAGCUGAUUCCUCACAGUAUAAUAAAUUUGUUCAUUCCCUGUAGUCUAUUUUCUAUAAAAAUGUAUUUUUGCACAUUUUAAACAAUUGGUGGACCUUCAUCUACGAUGUGUUCCGAUUUCAAGCUUCAAUCCGGAGAAGUGCUUUCUAUGAAAUGGAUUAUUUUGAGCAGCUGUGUGAUUUAGUAGUUACUUUAUGUUGGAGUUUGAAUUUCACAAUUCUUAGAUAAUUUUUUCAAGUGGAUAUUGACGUACUCUCCUUACCAGAUGAUUGGCCCAUUCCAUUUUGUUGAAACAGCUUCUUUGUCUUGGAAAUUGUUGUUUUUCUAGAAAUGGUCAGUCUUGAAACACUUAAGGGGCAUGGAUGUGGGAAGACUUUUUCUUUAUGGGGUUGUACCAGGUCUUGAAUGCAGGUCUGAUCCUUGCUGAUGACAGAAUGAUGAUUCUGUGUUCUGGCUGUGUUUAGAGUAGAUUGUCCGGUGCUCUUUUUAUUUACAUUUGUCAUUUUGUUACGGAAGAAUUUUAACAUGUUACAAAAUUUUGUGAUAAGAGAAGUCUCUUGCUUUAAAUAGCUUCUUGAAUUCAACUAAGAGAUUUAAAAACUGAUAGCGUAAUUGUCUGGAACCAUCACUGGCAUUAUUUUUAUAGCAGGAGAAUAGUCUUAAUAGUGUGUUCCUUUAAAGUUGAAAAGACAAAGUAGGAUUGCCUCUAUCAUGUAAAAAUGUGUGUAAACAGCUUGUAUGGUUUGCUGGGUCAAACAGUAUCUCCAAAUCUAAAAUCUAUCUCAUUUCCACUUUAACUACUUUUAGUCGUAUUUAUUAAGUAAUGAGUUUGUACUUUUUUAUUUUGUAACAUUUUGUGAUUUUUUUGUACAAUACUGUAUUUGUAAAAUAGCAGUUCUCAGCUGAUGGAAUGAAUAAAAUGCACACUUUUACAACCGUC